AUGGAUCGCGGACGUUCCCUGGAAGAUGAUGGAAGUGUUCGUUUGCAGAUUAAUGAGCUUCGGAAGCUUAGUGAAACCUGUGGGUCUAACACCAUUUUUGAACCCCAGAGCAGUCCUGAGAUUAGAGAAAAGCAUCAGAAUCAUGUAAGACGUUCUGCAGGUGAAGCACUAGCUAUGUUGGCCUUAGAAAGUAGAACUAAUUGCCAUCGCAUCUUGAAAUUGCAAGCCCUGGAAAGGCUUGUUGAAGCGUUGGAGGAUCCAUUACUUCGUGUGAAUGCUGCAAGAAUUUUAAGAAACUUGUGCACCUACAGUGGAGCAGAAUGCUUUUACCAGUUAAAGGGUGUCAUAGCUGCAGCACCCACAGUGCUCAAGGCAAUCAUGUCAGAAGAGAACAAGUUACAAGAAGUAAUGGUUGGUCUAGCAGCACAGGUGUUCAAACAUAUGGCUUCUGAAGAAUCAAGAAUCAUGUUUGACAGAGCUGGAAUUAAAGAGGAAGAAUUAGCUAAAGCAUUGGUUCAGAUUCUUCAGAAAUACUACCAUCCAUCGGCUAAGGUUCCAAGAAUAAGGAGAUUCGCCAUAGAGUUGGCAAUUUGGAUGAUGCAUGACAAUGUAAAGAAUGUAUACAUUUUCAACGGUUUGGGGAUGGAGAAAGAGCUGGAGGGUGUAUUAGAGAGCACAGCAGAGCUAGAGAGCUUCAACAUAUUCUCUGGCACUGUUGGGCUCAGCCGGCACAGCACAACAAUUCACUCACUGGUUGAAACCGCAUUGAAGCUGCUGAGGGAGAGCUAAGUUGUACAGAAUGAGGCAACUCCACCAUUCAAAUUUACUAUAUAUCACUGCAAGUGUUUGAAUAAUUGGUCUUGUGAAUAUGUACUCAUAACAGCUAAAGCAGAUUCUUUUUCUCUAAGCAAUAAUCAUGUUGAUGCAAUUGCUACCAUAAGUUAUUCUUUUUUUUUUCUUAUAACAUUGCUAUAAGUUAUUGUAAAUCAUUGAAUUCAAGGGUUAUUAUUAUUAUUAUUAUUAUUAUUAUUUAUAACAUGCUGAUAUAUAGAUGUGCAGUCUUGGUUUGCUAUAUGCCUAG